UCCAUCUUGAGCUUAAUUCUUAAGCUGCGGCUAGUAUAUAUAUUGCUCCAGUGCCCACAUGUCGCUAAAAUGGCUACAAAGCACCGUCACUAUGGCUUCCACGAUUUUGGGUUUUUCCCGAUGCCGAAAUCAUCCCAGGACACUAUCUUCUGACCAUUAUCCAUAAGGCCUGUUUGUAAGUAGUCUUUCCUGCUGCAGUCGAUGUGAGAGAGAGGAAGAACGCCGUCCUCCAUGACCGAUUCGAUAACAUACAUUCUGUGAGUCUUUGCCAGUCAGGUCUGUCUGCGCAUGCGGCCCUGCAUGCAGGUUGUCAUUCCAGCAGACAAAUCACGGAAGCACUCUUUAAAUUUUAUGGUUUGCAUCCAAAGCUACUUCAUCUGAUGGUAGCAUUAUUCUACUCAUCCCGACUGAGUGCCGUAGCAUUGGUAUCGCAUAGUAUUGCCAUCCUCUGUACCAUCUUCAGGCUCGCUUAUAGAGCCUGGAUGCGUCACCUGUGGUGGGAGGAUGCAUGGGCGGCAUCUGCACUGAUCGGAGACGCUGUUUGCUUGGCAUGUAUCUGGCUCAACAGUCAAAGGGCAACUUCCUGGAUCCUCACAGUGGCUUUCACCUGUGUCCAAUGGGCUGCACGUAUGAGCGUUAUUUUCUCCAUCAUCCGCAUCACCAACCACUCAAGCUUCAAGGAUCACAGGCAGAUCACCUAUCUCAUUGGAGUUUCCUUCGCAUGCAUGUGGGCCGCGCUCCUCGCUCAUAGGAUCACCAUGUGCGCACUCCAUUCCUGUCACAUGGGCAAGUCGAUGGCGCUCUCGCUUCUCAUCACGGACGCCACCGCGGAUAUUUCCCUCGUUGCUGCACCACUAUAUCUCUGGAGAAAUGUAGGGCUUUCGCAGAGCACAAAGAUGCUGGUUCUUUCCGCUUUUAGCGCAUCGCUUCUAAACACAGCUAUCACCAUCCCUUACUCUAUAAUCCUCCUUAAGGUCCACAACAUGGGUAAGAUCACGAUCAUCCUCGCGCACGUCAAGACCGCACUCAGUCUCGUCAUCUGCGACCUCCUAGUUAUCGUUACCUUUGCAUAUCGCGUAUGCUGGAAGGAAACAUUUGAUCUCGACCAGUCAUGUGGGGUCUUCACGAGUGUCGUUUUAACACAGAUGCCCUGUACCACGAACAUCGGGACGUUACUUACAUUAGAAGAGGGGACAGAGACUGAGGGGACGAAAGCGAAGAUGGAAGACGCAAGGGUAGUGUAUGUCGAAGAAGGCGCUGGUACUGAGUCCUGAGGGAUUGCCAGAAACUUGUACACUGUAUGAUUGAUGUCGAGGAAAGUUGUAAAUCAUGAUGGCAGCCCGCAGUAUACUCCCCGGCAAUAUUAAUGCUUUGCCCAG